AUGACUACAUCAGGAACAACAAGAAAGCAUUCGCUUUCUGAUGAUAAUAACGAUCCAUCAUCAAUCCAAGCACGAACUACUCGACCUCGUCUCGAUAUCGAGCCACUAGGGUUCGGUAUACAACCACCACCAGUAGUUAACAUUAAUGAUCAUCAAGACGACUUGCAUGGUCAAGAAACAGAUCUUACUUUGUAUUUAUAUGUCCAUCAAUCUCAAUCUUCACAAACGCCGUCACCACCACCACCAGUAGUCCUUCCACCGCCACAAAUCGAUCGACAAACCGAACUCACAAUGUAUUACUACGUCCAAGAACAACCCGAAAACAACGUUGUUGUCAAACCGCCUCUUGAACAAGUACUUCCUCUCAUUCAACCAAUCGAAAAAAUAAGAUCACAACAAAAUGUAGCCACCCCGGCCCCACGUCGUAUUCGUAAAAAGCCUACAAAUGCACCAAGACAAGGAAAAUCCAAAACUAUCCAACCACCAUUCAUAUGGGCAACAGAGCAUCGUGCACAUGUACGAAGCCUAAAAUACUUGAUCGAUAACGACAUCAACACCAUAUCCGGUGACAUGGAAUGCAAGAGAUGUCAAAAAGUCUACAAAGUUGAGUACAAUCUUGAAGAGAAGUUUAAGGAGGUUUUCGAGUACGUGGAGAAUAACAAGCAUACGUUUUACGACCGAGCACCAGAACUUUGGACGCAUCCGGUAUUACCAAAGUGUGAAUUCUGUCAUCAGGAAAAUAGUAUGAAGCCGGUUAUAAAUAAAAAGAAAUCGAUCAAUUGGUUGUUUUUGUUUUUAGGGCAAAUGUUGGGGUGUUGUACGUUGGAGCAGUUGAAGUAUUUUUGUAAGCAUACUGGGAAUCAUCGAACCGGGGCUAAAGAUCGGGUUUUGUUCUUGACGUACAUUGAGUUGUGCAAGCAAGUUAAUUCGGUUUAA